GUAUAUAUACUUCUUAAAGUAAGCACAUUUUCCCGAAAAGGAAACAUACUUUUUUUUUCUACUUUAAUAGAGGAGUUUAAAAAUGGAAGAGGCAGUUUGGUCACCUCAAAUUGUGGAGGAGCUGUUGUUUCGCCAAUUCAUCAAAAAUGAGGAUAUAUCGCAGUUGCUGCCGCCGCCACCGAAAUAUUCCAAUGAAAAUUUCUUAGAGCAGUACCAUCAGGCCACCAAAAUGUUGUUCAGCUACGUGCGUAAUGGGCCCGCUACGGCGUUGUCUCAGCAUAAUGUCAACACCGCCGCGGGCAAGCACUACAAUAUGACGCCAAGCAAGCCCCUGAUGGGCAGUCGGACCCCGACCCCCAAGCCGGCCGUGGAUCCGCAGAAGAUUCAUUCACAAAUACCCAUUGUGGACCUCGUGAAUAUGCCUUUGGCGCCAAAAUCCGCAUCUUUACCAACGCCGCCGCUGCAGAAAUCCGCCAAGGUCGAGUGGCCUGCCGGCGUCCCUACGAAUAACAUGUUGAAGAGCAAUAGCCGGUCUAAGGUGGUUCCGCUUACGGUGAAGAGGGUGGCGGCGCAACAGACCGUCGAUCCAGACCUAAUCUUCAGCCAAAACACAGAGGAGCUUCCGCUGAGUGUGAUUUUCGCCCAUUUCCCCAAGGCCUUGAAAUCUAUCUCGGCAGUCCGAAACGCGAGUGGUGAUUGGCGUGCUGAUACCUUUACACAUGAGGAAGAACAGUUCUACAAAAGAGAGCUGGGGUUUGAGUUUCUUGGUCCUAGUCAGUGUUGUUAUAAAAAAAGUUUACUUACCCAGCGCUAAUAAAAAAAAUCUUAUCUAAAUACGCUUUCUCACGUCCUAGAUCCAAAUUUUCGACAUCGAUUAUAUCCUCUUAUGCUAGAUACUUUCAAGGUGCUUUCUGAUUAAUAGAUUUGU